AUAUAUAUCUGCUCCAGUUUUUCAACAUAUUCUCGAUAGUGGGUUGGCAAGUACACAGCCAAUAAACUCGUCUAAUUGCUUGCAUAUAAAGAUGCACAAUUCACUUUACAAAUACUGACAAUUCGUAGCCAUUACUCAGUACAUACCUACAUAGAGAGCUUCUGCUUCCCAAUGGCUAGCACUGUUCUUCCCAUCUUGGCUUCCCCUUUCAUCAUUUUAUACCUCCUCUCUUCCUUUUCCACCAUCUUGGUCACUGCAGAAGAUCAGGGCUAUGUAAGAAGCCUAGACCCGAAAGUACUUAAGCUCGAGAAACAACAGCUUACCCAGUUUCAUUUCUACUGGCAUGAUAUCGUCAGUGGCAGCAAUCCCACAGCUGUUCUAGUUGUUCCUGCACCCUCCAACUCUUCAACAGCCUUUGGUUUAGUGAGGAUGUUUGAUGAUCCAUUAACCGUGGGGACAAACAUGAGCUCAGGAUUGAUUGGAAGGGCACAAGGGUUUUAUGCCUCCGCUUCACAAAAAGACCUUGAACUAUUAAUGGUUAUGAACCUUGCGUUCACUGAUGGAAAGUACAAUGGUAGCAGUAUCACCAUCCAAGGGAGGAACCCGGUGUUCAACAAGGUGAGGGAGUUGCCGGUCGUUGGAGGCAGCGGACUUUUUCGGUUUGCUAGUGGUUAUGCUGAGAUCAGGACUUAUACAUUUGAUCUCGACUCAAGAGAUGCAGUAGUCGAGUACAAUCUAUCUGUGUUGCAUUAUUGAUGUUCUAAGACCUUGUGCGGUGGGCUAUGUUAUUGGGGUGAUAUCUUUCUUGUGUGUCGGUUACUUUUGACUGGGCUGGUUUGCCUUGUAUCUAAAUAAAACAAUAAAACAAAUAAAAUAAACUAAAGUUUACUUUCGACUAUUUUAA